CAUUUGUUUAAAUUCUACGGAAACGCAUUUUCUAAUUUGAUAAAUUCUACGGAAACAAACGAAGGUGGACGAGUGAUAGAUAGAUAGAGAGAGAGGGAAAGAGACAGACAGACAGAUAGCUCCGGCCAGUCAGUAGCCAAAGAAACAGAUUUCAACUCAAACCAGCAGUAACAUUCCUUGUUUGGAUUUUUCUACUUUCAUUUCUGACAGCUAAUACCAUGACAGUGCCACAACCUUAAGUGUGACACUGUGUUUAUCUCUCAUACAAGUGUUGCGGUAUUAUUACCAAUCACCAUUGACCAAAAGAAAUUUGGCUGUUGUUUCUAGCACAUCGUACGACCACCUUCCUUGUUUCAUUGUCAUUCUAACAUAUCAUCAGAAGACACUGGCACCAAAGAAUUGUUUACAUCAUCAUCAGUAUUGAUCAUCUUUUAAAUUCCAAAGCAAGAUGUUAAACAUAAUUGAUAUAAACCUUUUUGUAUAAAUCUAUGAGGAAUUCCUGUGAAAUAUUGCUUCUCAACUGAAAUUUAUAGCAACAUUUCUCUAGCACACUGGAGUUUCUACAAAUGGAUUUUACAAACAAAUUAAAGUUGGUUUUAUUUACAAAAGAAACUUGCUGAAUCUGCAAGCAUCAAUGAAGACUGCGAUGUUUGGAAGUACAAAAGUUGAAAUGUUUGUAAGAGAUGAACUAAAAAAGUUGGAACCAAGAAACCUAUCUUCAUAUUGUUGUGAAAGAACGAAAAUGAAUAGUGUUAGAGAUUUGAAGAUUUAAUUUUUGCAAAAAACAAUGUCAAGGAAAAUUAGAAAACCAUAUCACUGUGAUAUCUGUGGCAGAUUGUUUUCUCAAAGAGCUAUCUUAACUAUACACGUACGUAUUCAUACAGGAGAGAAACCAUAUCACUGUGAUAUCUGUGGUAAAACAUUCUCUCAAAGUAGUAGCUUAACUUCUCACGAGCGUAGUCAUACUGGAGAGAAACCAUAUCACUGUGAUAUCUGUGGUAAGUUAUUCUCUCAGAGACACAAUAUAGCUAGACAUAAACGUAUUCAUACAGGAGAGAAACCAUACAACUGUGAUAGCUGUGAAAAAUCAUUUGCUGGAAAUAAUGACUUGAUGAAACACAAACGUGUUCACACAGGAGAGAAAGCAUAUCACUGUGAUAUCUGUGGUAAAUCAUUCUCUCAAAGUUGUAACUUAUCUUCUCACAAGCGUACUCAUACAGGAGAGAAACCUUAUCACUGUGAUGUCUGUGGUAAAUCAUUCUCUCGAUGCGAUAGCUUAAUUAAACACAAACGUAUUCAUACAGGAGAAAAACCAUAUCACUGUGAUAUCUGCGGUAAAUCAUUUUCUGAGACGGGUUGUUUAGCUUCUCACAAACGUUCUCACACGGGAGAAAAGCCAUACCACUGUGAUGUCUGUGGUAAAUCAUUCUCUGGAACUGGUUGUUUAACUUCUCACAAACGUAUUCACACAGGUGAGAAGCCAUAUCGCUGUGAUAUCUGUGGUAAAUCAUUCUCUCUAAGUCGUAGUUUAACUUCUCACAAGCGUACUCAUACAGGAGAGAAACCUUAUCACUGUGAUGUCUGUGGUAAAUCAUUCUCUCGAUGUGAUAGUUUAACUAAACACCAUCGUAUUCAUACAGGAGAAAAGCCAUAUCCUUGUGAUAUCUGUGGUAAAUCAUUUUCUGAGACAGGUUGUUUAACUUCUCACAAACGUAUUCAUACAGGAGAGAAACCUUAUCACUGUGAUAUCUGUGGUAAAUCAUUCUCUCAAAGUAGCAGCUUAACUUCUCACAAGCAUAGUCAUACAGGAGAGAAGCCAUAUCACUGUGAUAUCUGUGGUAAGGCGUUCUCUCAGAAACAUCACAUAACUAGACAUAAACGUAUUCACACAGGAGAGAAACCAUACAACUGUGAUAGCUGUGAAAAAUCAUUUGCUGGAAAUAAUGACUUGAUUAAACACAAACGUGUUCACACAGGAGAGAAAGCAUAUCACUGUGAUAUCUGUGGUAAAUCAUUCUCUCAAAGUAGUAAUUUAUCUUCUCACAAACGCACUCAUACAGGAGAGAAACCUUAUUGCUGCAAUAUCUGUGGUAUAUCGUUCUCUGAAAGUAAUGCCUUCAUUAGACACAAACUUAUUCACUCUGUAGGGAAGUCUUAUCCCCGACAUUUGUCGUAAAUCAUUCUCAUAGAUAGGUAACUUAAGUAGACACAAUCAUAUUCACACACGAGGAAAACCAUAUUAGUGUGAUAUGUUGUAAAUCAUUGAUACAAAGAGAUGAUUAAUUAAACACAAAUGAAUUUUUACAGAAGAAAAACCAUGUCUCUUUGAUAUCUGGUAAAUCAUUCUCUAAGAAAUAUACCAUAACUUGUGAAUUUUUCUGUUGUAAACAACAGGCAAUGGUUCUGUAAUUUCUUGCUGAACAGACUGCAGAGGUGAUCUGUUUAUUGUGAUCAAAUGUUUGUGCUGUACAUUAGCUCACUUCCUCCAUCAAAUCAAUAUUGCUUGGACAGAUGCAAAAUGUGUCACUCAUAGUUGUCAAGUGUCUUGCUCAAGAAUCCAAUGAUCAGUCCAGGAAUUGAAACCACAAUCAAAAGAUUGUGGAUGUGACACCCUGAGUACUAAGCCAUUCACCACCACAAAUACUGUAACUAGAUAGAAAUGCAUUCAUACACAAAAUAAAUUAAUAUCACUGCUAGAUCUGUCAUAAAUCAUUCACUGAGACAGUAAUUUAGCUACAUCAUCAUUGCUUUAAUGUCUCCUUCUCCACACUUGAGUGGGUCAGACACUAUUCAUUGAAGCAGAUAAUUCCUGGCCAGCUGCCUCUUCUGUUACCAGCCCUCUCUCCAAGGAAGGUGAUAUUUCCCCAUGACUGGACAUGUUUCCAUGGAAGAUUGGAAAGGAAAGACACAGGUUGCAUGAUGGUGAUACGUGUUUAUAAUCAUCACAUGAUGUGAAAUCAAAGCGACACAAACAUGCACACGUGGAUAUGUAUAUACUUGAGAAGAUCAGUUCAAAGAAAUAUUUGUGAAGGUUUGCCAUUGCUGUUGGUUGUAGAAUCAGUUUAGAGUUGUCUCUCUUGGUAUCUGCUGCUGAACAAGUUUGAAAUGCUUCCAGAGGGUGUUUUGUGCUGAAUCAUCAUCUUCGUUUAACGUCCGCUUUCCAUGCUAGCAUGGGUUGGACGAUUUGACUGAGGACUGAUGAAACCAGAUGGCUACACCAGGCUCCAAUCUGAUUUGGCAGAGUUUCUACAGCUGGAUGCCCUUCCUAACGCCAACCACUCAGAGAGUGUAGUGGGUGCUUUUACGUGCCACCGGCACGAAGGCCAGUCAGGCAGUACUGGCAAUGGCCACGCUCAAAAUGGUGCAAUUUAUGUGCCACCUGCACAAGAGCCAGUCCAGGGGCACUGGCAACGAUCUCGCUCGAAAAUUCCACGAAGGCCAGCCAGGCGGCCCUGGCAGCGGUCACGCUCAAAAUGGUGCAUUUUAACUUUUUUGUUUCAAGUGAGAAUUCUUUUCUCCAUAACAAUCUGUAGUGAAAAACUUUUAAAGGUCCAAAUAUCUUUUAAACAUAUUUGAACUGGUCUUGAACUUGUAUGCUUUCUGUCAUCUCUUAAAUAUAGAAUAUUUCCUUGUUUCAAAAGGCUUGUUUCUAGAUAUUUCUAAUGUAGAAAUAUUUUAAUCACUGGAACCGAAAUUGUUACCAUCAGUUGCCAACACCAGUUAACACAGACAUCAAUAGUCUUCCCAGAAGUGAAUUUCUUACAAUAAUAGCAAGACAGUAGAGAUUGUUCCUGUCAUAUGAAAGAUGAACAAGCCAGUUUGGGUUCUGAAAAAUUUAUUAAUUUAUUACAUCAUGAAAAAAACAUUUCAAAAGCAAUAAGCUUCAACAUCUUUGUAUAUGAAUUACUCAAAAAACAAAAAUAACAAAUGUUCACUUCUGAAAAUUCCUUGGCUUAUAUUUGUGUCAGCCAUAAACAUUUCUCCAGUGAUUAAUAAUAUCCUGUCAUUUGAUUAAUUUCUUGCUGCCUACUUGCCUGCAAUUUGACAAGCUAGUUUGCCAGAUUUGCUACAUAAACUUAUCUGAUUUGGCAAAAUUUUAAGGUUUUACUGAACCACUGUAAGGACAUUAUAUAAUUAUUCAUUGCUCCAAUAAGAAAUGGCACCCACUCAUUUUACUCACAUUGUACCUUGAAGAUCAACUCUGACACCUCAUCAACACUUUUAUCUUUCUCCAACUCAAUCCGAUCACUCCCAUCCUCUUUUAUAAAUGUGAAUAGCCAUGCAGCCUCUCUGACAAGAAAGCUGCUGUGUUUUGGCCACUUUUCUCAUCUUCAAAUCAUGCUUUACAUCAUAUAGAGAUUAAAGUAAAAAAACAGAGAGAGUUACAGAAGAGGUGGGGAGAGGAGAGGGAGUAAAUGACAGUGAGGUUAUACAAAUGAGAAGUUUGUUAUAUUUAAAAAAAAUUUUAAGUGAAAAUUGUAUUGGGAAAGAUGGAAAGUUCACAUAAGAUGUGGAAGGUGAGUGUCUUGUAACUUUCUGAAAAAUAGAAUUUUAUGAAAUUCUGUUGAUAAAAUAUAGAAAACUCAUAUAACCUUUAUUGCAAAUAUGCACAUGACAAAUCAGUUUUUAUCUAGUUUUAUUUUAAGUAAAUAUCUUUCUUUUGAAAAUUAGUAUUUCACCAAAAAAUUUAUUUGAUAAAUGUCAAAUUGUAAAAAUUGCCUGUGUGCCAUAUUUCCUGAUAUUAUCCAUUGUGCAUAAGUAUAUUUUCAAAGAUAUCUGUCACAUGACAGGUAAUGCUCUCUCUUUAUGUAUAUAUAUAUAUAUAUAUAUUUAGUUUUAAUGGAUUAGUCACUUUGCUAAGGAGAGAUGGUGAUUAAGGAGAAGACUCAAGAACAGUUCACAUGGUUUACUUUGUAUAGCACAGGACUAGGAAAUGAAAGUUAACCUGGAGAAGCAGCUACAAUUACCAUCAUAUGUCCAACGGAGUUUGUUGAAAACAGAUAUCAUUGUUUUGAAAAUAACAAGGUAGCUAAUCAUGUUGAAGUUGAGUGUGUCUAGGGAGAGGGGGAUGGAGGAGGUGCAAGAGAAGAGUUGGUAGCUGACUGCCACAGGGCUGAGCAGAGAAUAAGGGGUUUGCCAAUGAAGAUGAUAGGUAGGGUUAGUAGAAUAUCACUAAGACAGGUCUAGGUUUGAUCAAUCUAGGUUACAACAUUGAUGCUGUGUCCAUGUACUGUAUGCGUAGAUCAUGUUAAACCAAAUAUACGUGUGUGUGUGUGUGUGUGUGUAUCUUUUACCCUUUACUUGUUUUGCUCAUUAGACUGGUGAUUUUGGAGCAUUGCGUUGAAGAAUUUUUAUCAAAUGAAUCAACAAUAGUAUUUAAUUUAGUGCUAAGCCUUUUACAUAUUCUUACCAGUCUCUUGUGCUGAACCACUAGGUUACAGGGAGGUAAACAAACCAACACCUGUUGUCAGGCAGUGGUGGGCAAACACACAUACAAAGACAUAUACAUGCACACACUCACAUAUAUAUACGACAGGCUUCUUCCAGGUUCUGUGUGCCAAAUCCACUCGCAAAGCUUUGGUUGGCCCGAGACUAUAGUAGAAGACACACAUCCAAGGUUCUAUGCAGUGGGACUGAACCCAGAACCAUGUGGUUAGGAAGCAAGCUUCUUACCACAGAGUUACUAUAUAUAUGUAUAAGUUCACCAGCAAUUUUCCUGUAGCAUAUGGUCCAGCACUUCCUAUAAUGUAGAUAAAUCACAAAAUUGAACUUAUAACUCUUGUGUUUUCCAGCCUAGUUAACUCUAUGACUACAAGUGGCAUUGAGUAUGUCUAUAUAUAUUAUUUACAAGUGGAUUACACUGUACUCGUUAGUGGUGAACAGCUCUGCUGUUCAUUUAGCUUAAGAUUUCGGAUCUUUUUUAAAACGGGGGCCACAUUUUUCAUUAACGAAACACUUUGAAACUUGGAACACUGGUAGAAUGUGUCGUAUAAAACAUCUUUUUCUCUUAGUCUUCUUAAAAAAUAAA